AUGGCCGACCUCCGAAUUUUGCUCAUCGGCAACGGUGGCCGUGAGCACGCUCUGGCUUGGAAGCUUAGCCAGUCAUCCCGAGUCGAGAAGAUCUUUGCUGUCCCCGGUAACGGAGGUACUGCUGGAUGCCCCAAGACAUCCAACGUCACUUCAGUCAAGGCCGAGGAUUUCGCUGGACUCAUUAAGUUCUCCCAAGAAAACGGCGUUAACCUGGUUGUCCCCGGCCCCGAGGCUCCCCUCGUUGACGGUGUUGAGGGAUGGUUCCGAAACGCAGGCAUCCCCUGCUUCGGCCCCUCCAAGGAGGCUGCGCGACUUGAGGGUAGCAAGACAUACUCCAAGGAUUUCAUGAAGAAGUACAACGUUCCCACUGCCGCUUACGAGAACUUCUCCGACUACACCAAGGCCUGUGCCUACGUCGACAGCGUCGACCAUGACGUCGUCAUCAAGGCCACUGGUCUUGCCGCUGGAAAGGGUGUUAUCCUUCCCGAGACCAAGGAGGAGGCCAAGGCCGCUCUGAAGCAGAUCAUGGUUGACAAGGAGUUUGGCGAUGCUGGCGACGAGGUCGUUAUCGAGGAGCUCCUGAUUGGUGACGAGCUUAGUGUUCUCACCUUCUGCGAUGGCUACGCUAUCCGAUCCCUGCCUCUUGCACAGGACCACAAGCGCAUCUUUGAUGGAGACCAAGGCCCCAACACUGGUGGCAUGGGCUGCUAUGCGCCUACAAACAUUGCUACCAAGGAGCUUACCGAGCUCAUUGACCGCGAGAUUCUCGAGCCCACCAUCUCUGGUAUGCGACGAGAGCAGCAGCCUUUCCGUGGUGUUCUUUUCACUGGUCUUAUGAUCACCAGCAAGGGCCCCAAGGUCCUUGAGUACAACGUCCGAUUCGGCGACCCCGAGACACAGACUGUCCUUCCUCUCCUCUCUGCCGAUACCGAUUUGGCUGAGAUCAUGCUUGCUUGUGCCAACGGAUACCUCGACAACUGCAAGCUGACCAUCGAGAACAAGUUCAGCGCUACUGUUGUUCUUGCUUCUGGUGGUUACCCUGGUUCUUACCCCAAGGGCAAGGCCAUGACUGUCCAGACCCCUCCUCCCGGUUGCAACAUCUUCCACGCCGGUACCACACUUGACAGCACUGGCCUCAAGACCUCUGGUGGUCGUGUCAUUGCCAUCAACGCUGUUGGCGACUCUCUCCGAGCUGCCGUUGAUGCUGCCUACGCUGCUCUCGACAACAAGGCUAUCGAGUUCGAGGGUGCUUUCUACCGAAAGGAUAUUGCCCACCGUGCGUUCCGUUCUUCUGAGCAGGCCUCUAUGACCUAUGCCCAGGCUGGUGUCGACAUUCAGGCUGGCAACGAUUUCGUCGAGAAGAUCAAGAAGGCUGUCGCCAGCACCAAGCGACCUGGUGCUGACGCCGAGAUUGGUGGUUUCGGUGGUGAGGUCGACCUGUCUAAGGCCGGCUACCCUCAAGCCCCUAUCAUCGUCGGAGCCAUCGAUGGUGUCGGUACCAAGCUUAUGAUUGCUCAGGCUAUGAAGAAGCACGAUACUGUUGGUAUCGAUCUGGUUGCUAUGAACGUCAACGACCUUGUUGUCCAGGGUGCCACUCCUGUUAUGUUCCUCGAUUACUACGGCUGCAGCAAGCUGGAUCUUUCCACUGCUGCUGACUUCGUCCAGGGUGUUGCCGACGGAUGUCGUCAAGCCGGCUGUGCUCUUGUUGGCGGUGAGACUGCUGAGAUGCCAGGCAUGUACCAGAAGGAUGAUUACGAUGCUGCUGGCUGUGCUGUUGGCACUGUCACCGCUGAGGCCAAGCUCCCCCGAAAGGAUGAUAUGGCCCAGGACGAUGUUCUCCUCGGUCUUGGUUCCGCUGGUGUUCACUCCAACGGUUUCUCUCUCGCUCGCCGCAUUGUCUCUCACGCUGGUCUCAGCUACACUGAUGCCGCUCCCUGGGACCAGUCCACCACUGUUGGCGAGUCUCUCCUCACCCCUACUCGAAUCUACGUCAAGGCUCUUCUCCCUAUCCUUUCCGAAAUCAAGGGUCUUGCUCAUAUCACUGGCGGCGGUCUCGUUGAGAACGUUCCUCGCAUGAUUCCCGAAUCCCUCGCUGCUGAGAUCGAGUUCGGCUCAUGGGAGAUCCCCCCCGUCUUCAAGUGGCUUCGCGAGGCUGGUAACGUCGAGCCUCUCGAGAUGUGCCGCACCUUCAACUCUGGUGUCGGUAUGGUCAUCGCCGUCGAGGCCUCAAAGGCCGACGCCGUUGCACAGACCCUCACUGAUGGCGGCGAGAAGGUGUACCGCAUCGGUCGUCUCACCCGACGUGACCAAGGCGAGGCCUGCCUCAUCCACAACGUCGAUUCAUGGAAGGCUGAGACCACGGUGCCUAGCAAGCGAAAGGAUAUUGAAGCGUGA